CUACGUGGAGAUGCAUGGGCCGCGGAAACGCGACGCCGACGUUAUAGCGGGCGCAUAUCCGUGUACCCGCGCUGACCUUCCGGCGCAGUUCACGUCGCGUGGCCUUGGCGUCGACGUCCGGGAAUCCGCCAGGCCGGCGUGCGCUGUACCGUGGAAGCUUGUGUAGUGCCGGCAUAAGACACACAAUGCGCGCAUCGCGGCUGGCGCUGGUCUUGCACGUCUUGGCGGCUACCUCUGUCGCUGUUGCGCGGAUGUCGCGCAAGGAACUUUACCGCGAGAUUCUCAGGCAGCUGGCGCCCAAGGAGGCAACCGGUCCGGGCCUUGCCUGGUACGACUACGAGGACGUUCUCGCUGCGCCAGGUGGAGCGGAGCCGUCGUGCGUGGCAGCGGCGGUGUUGGCCGAGGACCGGCGUGCGACCUGCCGGCCACGCAAGCAGCUCGUGCCGUUGCCGCCGGGGCCGCCCGAGGUGCUGCGCUUCCCGCGACUGGUGGAGCUGAAACGCUGCGAGGGUGCUUGUGACCACGGAGGACGCCACUGCUGGCCCACGGUCAAGCACAGCGUCAACAUCAAGGUGGUGAGAGUGAACGUGACCGAAGGCAAGACACAGGCCCAGUGCGCUGAGGAGAUCAUGGAGGAACACGCCAAGUGCAGCUGCAAGUGCCACGUUGAGAAGUCCCACUGCAGCCCAAACCAGGUGUACGUGGCAUCAGAGUGUGCAUGCCUCUGUCCAGACUUCCAAAAGCUACACCAGUGUGAAGAUUUGGGUCAAACGUGGGACCCACUACAGUGUGCAUGCACUUGUAUGGAAGGCGGGCAGGACUGCUCCACAGGCUACUACUUCAGCAAACAACAGUGCAGAUGCAUGCCAGUUGAAGACUCCAAUUUCUAGUUGACAAUUCUGUCAACAAUAAUUUUGUGAUAAGACUUCCUUUGCUGCUGCACACAGAAACACACGGUUCUUCACAAUAAAAACU